GUUGCGCGCCGCGAUAUACGAUUCGUUCUUGGUUUGUCCUCGCUGAGCAGCCUUGCUCACUUGCCUCUACUCCCCCCCUCACAUGCACCGUGCCACUAUCGCACGGCAUUCCGGCUUCUCUUGAGUGCUGACAUUCCCAGAAAAUAACUAGGCCAGGGUGACAUUUUUGGUCCCGUCAGCCUGGAUCAAGGUAGAUUAGCCUGGGCCAACAAUGGUUUAUACGGCCCCCCAUCCUCUUGCUGUCGAACCCAUGAGCAACAAAGUCGAUACAACGAUCCCAGACUCACCCUCAAGUCUUCCUCAGACACCCCGCAACACCAAAUUUUCGUGGGUUUCUGGCAAAAGAAACAAAGUUCUCAGGCGUAUUGCUCUGUUCAAGCCGCCCAAGAUGGCGCCACCCAUGAUCGCCUCGAUUUCAUCUACGCCUACAGACAAUCAACACAUCGGAACGGAGUGUGUCUCCACCCAGCAUGAGGAAGCUGCUCGCUCUGUUUCCCCCGAUUCAGCGUUAAUCGGCAUGGGCCACGAUGGAACACACGGAGAGGGAUUGCAGUCGCCGCCGCCGGCGUCCAACCCACAAUAUCAGUACCAGAGCGCUCCCUCGCCGGCAUCGUACCCGCAGUUUCCAAAGGAGGCGGACAUGGGCCUCUAUGCUACUUACCCUGCACCUUUCUCCGGAGGAUUCGAUUCAUACUCGCCGCCACCCAUGGGAAUGUACGGAGUAUCGCCCACAACACCUCAAGUGAUUAACUUCCAGAAUUGGGGACAGGCAGAUGAUGUCCAGUGCUUGAUGAGUUCCCCUCAAACCCCCUUCACCCCAUUCGGACAGCCACCUUUUGCACAGCCAGUCUAUGGACAAGCAGGACAGGGACAGCCGCCCUAUGCACAGCCGCCCUUCGAAUGCUCUUCCCAGCGCGGCCCGUAUCGCGACAAGGUCAGCUGGCUUGGGAUAACGUUGUGGUCCCUGUCCAUUUUUUCAACCAUCGGGAGCGGGAUCUGGUUGGGUGUCGCCUUGAUUCAGCCGAAAUGGGGAAAGACAGUUUCCUCCGCUCAUGGAGCCCUUCCACCGUCGACAGCUUCUUUACUCACUGCCCUGAUUGCCAAGUUGAUCGAAACCUCCUUCGUUGCCGUGUUUGUUGCCUCUGUUGGCCAGAUCCUUACGAAAAAGGCCUUUGAUGUUGGCAACAGAGGUGUUACGUUGGGCGAGUUCGGCAUGAAAAACUGGGUUGUUUCGCCAGGCUUGAUGUUUACGAAUAUUAGAUCCUGGAAGAAAGUGGGAUUUACCCCUUUGGGUGUUCUAUGUAUGCUCGCCACCCUCGUUGCCGUGUUAUACACCACAGCCUCGGACGCUCUCGUUGCUCCCAAAUUGAAAUGGGGCAAACCCGAAAUGAUCGUCAUGAAGAAUUACGCCAUGGCUAGCUAUGGGAACGUACAGUUCGUCAAGCAAAGUUGUCAUCUGCCGGAUGGGCUGCUGGCCGAUGACCAGAGCCAAGAUAGUUGUCUUGCUGCGUCUCUCUCAGGUUUCUCAUAUAAUAACUUCCAAGCCUUCCUGUCCACAUGGUCAGACUUUGGCCGGAACAACACAAAGCCAGAGGGACGUUACAUGUACAACAGGCCCCCAGUAACAGCAACGCUCUAUGACAAUGUCACUGUCACAGGGACGUGGAUUAAUACCGAACAUAGUGACCCCAUGGCAAGCUACGAGAAGUACAAAAGAACUAUUAACAAUGUGACUCUAGCAGUUCCUCAUCCUGGGGUGUACGACGCAGCAACAGAUCCUGUUAAUGAAAUACUUCAGCCCAGCGAUCUUUCCGGAGUCGGAGAAUACAGGUUAGCGGCAAGCGCGGUCAGCCCGGCGCUGAAUGUCCUUUGCGUGGGGAUGACCGAAGAGGAGCUUGCGCCUCUUGUAUACACAACAUGGCCUCAUGCCAACUUAACGGACGCGGAGCUCCCAGGCGAAAAGACAGGUGGGUUGAAUUGGUUAGACGAUGUCCCUCCAUCCAGCGAAAGUGAAUGGGUCAAUGGAACUCUUCUCAAUGCCACCGUUGUGGAUGACAUAUUUAGAUGGGGCAAAGGCUACCAACGACGACCACCGGUCUUUCAGAGGUUUCCGUCAGAAUACAACGUGAUUAUCAAUGCGACAGUCGCAGGUUCAAAUGACUGGACCCACAAGUCAGGCUCUGUCUAUACACUCGUCAACAACAAUGCCACGGACGACUACACGUUGUGUGAGAUCCGAUCGUGGCUCUCCAUCAACUGUUCAACGCAUCUCAACAUCUCAGGGACGACCGGCGCUCAUAUGUCGGCAAACUGUGAAGAUGAACACGAUCCAGUCAGCUACCGCAAGUCAGUCCCGGGCGCUGUGGAACUGGAUGAGUCUGACUGGAAGUGGUUAGCGCAAUCAUGGCAGCUAGCCAUUUAUAUGAACUCCGGGUUGACGACCCUAAACUCUUCACGAGAUCGCAUACUGACUGCACUACCUUUGGAGGAUCAUCAUCUCCCCAACAGAGUGCCAUCCCUCGCUGAAGUCCUGGCGGCACUUGUCAGCCCGACAUUGAUCUCUGGCUCUAUAAAGACGCCUGUUGUUCACUAUUGGCACCCAGAGACAACACCAGUUGUUUUGCCGGGAUGGGAGAACAACUUUAACGCUUCAAUCACGAAACAAGAGUACACAUCGGGCUCUGCUAUGGAUUGGCAACGCGCAUUUCUAACAAUCCUGAUUAUGGGGUUUUUACUAAACUUGUUUUGCUUGGUUCAUUUGUUCAUUCAGCUCAGGGGUCGGCCACUUACCGACUUCACAGAUCCCGCAAACUUGUUUGCCCUGGCCAUCAAUUCUCCUCCCAGUCAGGCACUCAGCGGAACAUGUGGAGGAGGACCCACGGGUUAUCAGUUGGAUGUGCCAUGGCGUAUCGGCUACUCAGAACAAUCAAACCACUACUUCUUUGAAGAAGCAACUGAAAAGAGGCAGAGGCUCAAGAGGAAGAAGGCAAUUGGCCGUCGGCAUAUGGUCACUUCGGAUAUGGAGCUGGUAGACUUCAAAGAUGGCGAUACCAAGGCAAAGAUGGAUGACCCGAGGCAGAGCUAUGUCAAGUUGAGUAACCAUAAGAGCUGGUUGUAAGGGUAUUUAGCCGGAAAUAAUGAUGCUGAUUCGGGACGGGACAUGUCGCAGCAUGGAUAUCUGCUGUCGGUAACACAAGGUGAGGUAAUGAAUCAUAACACAUGAUUUUGCACCUCUAUCCUCCAUUCCCCCCUUUGUUUCUGAUGCUUCGUCGUCAAUUGAUGUCACCGAUACUCGAAAGCGAGUAUCGUCUGC